CUCCUCACUCCCGAGAAAGACUUUUACUUGUCUUUUCCUCCCGAAGUCUUCACAUUUCCUUGCUAUACCGUACUUCUACUCCCCCCCCCCCCCCCUCCUUCUCAUUCUGUUGGCAUUCUCGAGUCCUCUCUCGCUCUCCCUGUGUAUAGGCUUGUUGCUUGAUCGGGCAGAGAGGCACGCCAUGGCAGACCAUGAUCAGAGGAAGAACCACCCAUCAUCAGGGACCGAGGGGCAUCAACAAAUGCACCACUGUCACAAAUGUGGGUGGCCGUUCCCGAACCCGCAUCCGAGCGCGAAGCACAGGCGUGCCCAUAGGAGGAUCUGUGGAACCAUCGAAGGCUACAAGCUUGAGGACAGCCAGCACUCGAAUGUCUCUGAUGACGAGCACUCCGAUGAUGAUUACAAGACCCCAAGUGCAAAAGCAUUGGAGAGGAGUGAAAGUGAAAAGGAUGAAGUUUUCUCGGAUGCUGCAUCAAAUUUUGCAGAUGUCACAUCAUGUACGGUAACUGAAGCAGCUAAGGGGACUGUUCUUGAGUCAGAGAGUAUUAGCGAGAAGGUUAAGGAGGAUAUUCCUGCACAGAAAACUGCUGAAGUCAUGAAAGCUGAUGAUUCAACUGAUAGUGCAGAAAAGCAAGAGCUAGUGAUUCCGGAAAGUACUGCUGAUGUAUUUGCGAGCAAAUCCGAUGCUCCAGAUCAUUCAUCAAGCUCCCCAGUGGGUACAUAUGUAGACUCUGCUGAGGAAUCAACUGCUGCAACAAUCAGACACGAAAAUGUCCUGAUUGAUGGUUCAGUCCUCAUUGUACCCAAGCCUUCUAUUGGUUUGAUAACAGAGGCUAAGAAACAUGAUGAAGAUAAGGGAGUAUCAGAAUGCUUGUUGGAAAGUGUGUCAAGGGACACAGAGGUGAAGGCACUUGAAGAAACUGAUUCAUUAUCUCAUGAUAAUAACCAUGCAAGAGAUACACCUGAAGCUAUUCCAAAAUUGGAGACUGGUGAAACAACUGUUAUUCCCAUGCCUCCGGGAGAUGUCAAGAUAAUUGAAGAAACUAAUCCAUUAUCUCUUGAUGGUAACAGUGUCAGCAAUGCCCCUGAACCAAUUCCAAAGUUAGAAGAGACUUGUAGAACCGUUGCUACUGGCCUUUCUCCAGAAGACAAAGCUCCCAACCAGGUGGGUCUCUCUGGUGACGCCCCUCAAGCUGAGUUCCAUGUGGAUCGAGAGUUAGAGUUUUCAACUUCCUGUAAUGAUGUCCAUGAAAAUGAUAAGAGAGAAGUAGAUGAAAACUUUCACGAGUUCUUUGUGCCUCAUGGUCUGCCUGAGGUGGAGAAUCCAGAGAGAGUUAUUGAAGGCUUUAAGGACCCUAAAAUAAUGGGGUUGUUCCACACCAACGAUGGUUCUUCUGAAGUGAUUCUAAAUAAGGAUGAUGUCAUCAUUGCUUCUCCUCCCGAGUCUGGGCUAGAAGCUGUAAAUGAAGGCUCUGGGGUCUCUUCAGGUUUGCAGGAUUCAGAGGUCCCUUCCGAACUGGCUGAGAAGAGCAAGCCUGUGGAAGAAGCAGCUUUUAUUGAGGGGAAAAUCAUUCCACAUCACGGGAACAUCGGACUGACUGAUUUGGAAAUCUGCAAAGGUGCUGUGACUGCUGAUAGUGAGGAAGUUAGCGGUGCGGUCAAUGCUUCAUCAGAGAUGGAAUUCUCGGAAAGUGCCCAUGAACUCUUGGGAAGUGUUGAUGGUAACUCUAAAGUGGAUAUUGCCCAUACUGCUGAAGUUGAUCAGGUUGAAAAGCAUACGGAGAGAUUGGAAGAAGUCCUGGCAGGAGGAGUUCCUGAAUCUGCAUCUAAGUUGGAGAAAUCAUAUAUUGCUGAAGAAGAAAAUAAAAGCAAAAGAGUUGCAGAGGAGAGUCUUGUUGAAAACCUUAUAGUUCCUGAAACGGCUGAGAAUUUCCAUGAAGUGCCAGUUAAUUCUGUGGCCAAUCCAAUCGGAGAGGAAAGAACUUUCAGCCAUGAGAAACAGGUUGAAGAAAAACCUACUGCAGCUAAGGAAGAUGCAAUAGUAUCAGCUGAUCAUGUUCAGGAAUCUUGCAAAGUUGAGGAUAAGCAUGAUGACUGCUCAGAGACUGUAAUGACAGCAUACCAAGAUACAAUUUCUCAUGAAAACCUAACAGAAGGUGACUUGAAUGAAAAGGAUAAAAGAGCGCAGUUGUCUUCUAAAGAUCGGGCGGCUGAGGAAGAUGUGAUAGCACUAGCUGGCCAUGUUCAGGAGUCUUGCGAAGCUGAGGAUAAGCAAGAGAUUGUAAUGACAGCCUUCCAGGAUACAGUUUCUGAUUCUCAUGAAUAUGUAACGGAAGGUGGCAUGAAUGAAAAGGAUAAAAGAACGCAGUCGUCUUCUGAUGAUCGUGCGGCUAAGGAAGAUGUGAUAGUGUCAGCUGACCAUGUUCAGGAAUCUUGCAAAGCUGAGGAUAAGCAUGAUGGCUACUCGGAGACUUUAACAGCAGCCCAAGAUGCAGUUUCUGAUUCCCACGAAACCCUAAAGGAAGGUGACAUGAAUGAAAAGGAUAAAAGAGCGCAGUUGCCUUCUGAAGAUCAUGUGGUGGAAGAGACUUUGGUUUCUUUAGAUUCUGCCUCUUCGGUUCCGGCUUCUGCAGCUAUAGAAGUUGGUGGAGCCAAUGAUUUAGGUGGGCCCGGGUCUGAUCCUUCGCAACAUGAGGGUGAAACUAACCAUGUUAAACCGCCAUUAUCUGGAUAUGCGCUCGAUGCUUCAGUCGAUUCGAGAAGUACGGACAGUUUAGAUGCAAACUGGGGAUCUGUAUCAGUGCUCUCUACUCAGUCGGACACCCUAGCUGCAGUUGAAGAUUCCAAGGCAACAUCAGAGGCUGGGAAAUCAACCUCGAACCUACCAAAAUUGGAGUCUGAGGCCAAUAGAAGUUUGGAAAAGUCGGAGGUUUUUGAGCCUCCAUCUUUUAUGACGUUAGUGGAGCCUACGGGGAAAGGCGAGAAGACAGCGACUUCCUCUAGUCAUGGCCAACCUGGGUGGUUCCCAUCCCUCACUAAUGUCACGAACGAUUCCCCGGGGAGGAAGAAGAACGAGGAGAUCAUUUCAAAGGUUACAAACUGGAGCUCUAACCAACAGCAGCACUCUCCUCUGAAGAGCCUCCUCAUAGAAGCCAACCGAGAUGCCAAGCCCAAGUCAACAAAUCCGAGAGAGAGCGCACCAGUCGAAGCUCAGAAGGAGGAGAAGAGUGUGACUGUGGGCUCGAUAUUGGGCUCCGAGACCCAAAAGGCAGAUGAGGAGAAGCAGGCAACAGCCCAAGAGUGGAAUUCCCCGGCCCGAUACCCAGCGGAGAUUAAGAGGGAGAAGAGGAAAGUCAAGGGGAGGCCAAUCUGGGCUCAGUUUGUCUGCUGUUCUUCUUCGGUGAACUGAUUGAAGGUCUGGAUCCCAUCCAAGUAGAACAUCCGUCAGUAGUCCAACAGAUCUGACAGUCCAUAUUGGAUGAGUUCUAUUUAGACCCAAUAAGAGUUGAGAGCGGAAAGCCGGUCGGGGAGCUCGUGACUGUACUUUUGGGGUUUAUCCAUAGACGGUCUUGUUGGAUUUUAGCAGGAGAUUCUUUUGUACUUAGAAAAUGGUCUUGUGUUAUGGUUGAGUGAGUCCGAUAGUUGGACGAGUGUGUGGAUAUAUAGACCAAGUGAUGUUUGCGAGAGAAAUAUGGUGUUAUCUCUAAGAUGUGGUCCUGCAGUUCGUAUCAAUAAUCCCUUGAUUGGGGUAAAACAUAACCUAAUAUUAAAAAAAAAUGGGAUGUAA